AUUAGGGUGUGGCUCAAUAGUUACAAGCCCCGCCCAUAAAUGUCUGCUCCAGGUAGAAAUGUAUCUUACACCAAACCACAAGAACCAUCCUUUCUGAGAGCCUUUAAGGAAAAGGUUGGUUACAAAGAUAAGGAAGUCACUGUUGAGACUAAGAAAGAGAAGCAGGUUGAUACCACUGGAGGGGCGGAGCGUUACCGUGACGAUGAGGAACCAGUGGUUGUUAAAGGGAGUGGGGUCACUGAAGAGGAGUAUCAGCAAUACCUGACAGAGAAGGAGAAAGAGAAAGAGAAGAUGAUGACUGCUCAAGAUGGAGAGAGAAGGACAGACAAAGGAGGAGAGAGAAGAGAUGAUAGAGUAGAAGAGGAGACAGGAUCAGGUGAUACUGAUGGCAGUGCUGGCAGUGCUGGUGGUAGGAUAAUGUUUAAAAGACCAACUAAAAGAACCAGCUCUGAAGCAACUGCUGCUGGCGGUGGAAUAACAGCAACAACAAAAAAUAAAAGAACAAACAAUACUGCUGCUAAUAAUAAUAAGAAACAUAAACAACAACAAGACGAAAGAACAACAACUGUUAAGAAUACUAAUUUAUUAUCCUUUGAUGAUGAAGAAGAUGAUUAAUUAAUAAUAAUUAUUAUUAUUAUUUUACAUAAUGCAUUAUGUGAAUGAAAUGGUUGUUAAUUAAUUAGUGGGAUUAUUAAUUUGAAUAGUUAGACCAUGAAGACCUUUAA